ACUUCCGAGCCUGCUCUACAACCUGACAUAAACAAAUAUUUCGAAGCUUGAAAUAAAUACUUAAUGUCUGAAGUGUCGCGUUACGCGGACAAGCCGAUAGACGAAUUGCUAUUAGUCAAUCAAAUUUUUUUACUUGUACUAUUGAGUUAGCUGAUCAAAAUUUAUUUUCUCAAAACGAUGAUGCUAUUGAUUUAGAUGCGCUUUUAGGACCAGUUUAUUCAACAAGAAAAAGAAAAAGAACAAGUCAAGAAGUGCCAUUCGAUAGUGCGAAUAGUGAUCUAGAAAUCAGUGAUGAUGAGCAGGACAAACUCUGGCAGUCGAAAUCAAUGUCUUCUGAUAAAAAUAGUAGAAAUAAAGAUGAAAAUGAUGUUGCUUGCCAAAAAGAAGAAUUAUUACGAAGGUUUCUUCAUAUAAAGGAUGAGUAUCAUAUAACAGAUAAUGCUAUUAAAGCUAUGCAUAAGUUUUUUAGAGAAACCAAAGUAUCAUUUUAUUCGAUGGCUCAAAUCGAUCGAGUACAGAAAAAAGCUAAUAAAAAUAUUCCUUUAAAAUACACUAAAGAUUCAGCAUAUGUUCCGUUCGAAUUUGCUUUACGAGCUGCUGUUUUUGUUGCUGCUAAAUUUCAGCCUGAUCUUUUGAAAUUGAAUCAUCUUUCAUUUCGUUUAAACAUGGAUGGCACCUUAAUGGAUAUUUUAGCUGAAGCUUCACGAACAGGAGAGUAUGAGCCAGCACAUACGAAGAAGCUUGAAGAAAAAAUUGACGUUCUGAAUAAACAUGCUACGAAUACUAUUGGAAAGCGAUUUUUUUUUAAACUUGAAACAGAAAAUAACGUAAAAACAAUUGUUUCUUGUGGUCGAUUUUCAGGUCAUUUGCAAGAAGUAUUUUUUGUUGACAUGUUUCCAUAUGAAAAAGUAAUUGAAAACCUGGAUAGUUCGAAAAAUGCGAGAAACCUAGUCAAUAAGUUUAAAUUCAUUCUUCAAUUAAUUAAAACGGAAAAAUCGAAAAGAACAAGUAAUUUGGCUAAAGUUGCGAAGUCAUUUGUGAAAGAUUUUCGUCUUUCAGGGCUACGAGCAGGUUGUACUCCUUAUAUGCAUUUGAUAGGUACACAUUUAGCCGAGCAAGAUAAAAACGAAGAUCUGCGAGCGUAUGAUAUGCAAGGAGUUGAAAAAUCGAACGAUUUACUCUCUCGUCUAUAUUUUUCAUCUAGUAAUCGAGCGAGAAAUCCAUUAAGAACAAUGAUUCAGAAUUUGUACAGACGGCUUGAAAUGAAUUUCGCUGAUCCUAAGGAUCGUGCAGCGAUGAAUCGAUAUUCCCUGAAGGGAACAUGGACCACUACUGAUGAUGAAGAAGACAGCAAUAGCAUAGAUGAAAUUUCCACCUGUUCUUUCAGUUCCAUUCAAUCAGAUGAAUCUUCUGUUGAUGAUAGUGAGGAACAAGAAGAAAAUGAUGAAUUAGAGGACGACGAUGUCGAUCAAGCUCCUUACUAUGUAACACAAAACAGUUUUGCAGCCAAUCGAACAAAAAAUCGUUGGAAAAGUUUCAAGAAAAAUACGACUAUUGAAUUUGAAAACAGUUAA